GAUGAGGGCUUUUGAGGAUCAGGACCUGCAAUGGGGAUUUCUUUAGAAACCAAGAACAGAGAAAGAAAGAAAAAUAAACAGCGAAGGACUCUAUCUUGGCCAUCUUGCUUGAUACACUUAAUUCUAUGGGACACACCUGCUUUGGAGCCCACUGGACCCGCUGCUGCUUUGUAUAUAUAAGCCAGAGGUUAAGGCAGGGAGAGCUGUUUUAAUUAGCAAAAGAGCUGUAGUUGGGGAAGGAGAGGGGUGGCUGCAAGAGGAAACGAAAUAACCCUACAGCUCUCUUAAGUGGUCUCAAAGUUUAAUUGUUUACCUGCUUUUCUCGCUUGGGUCCCUUAACUCGUGAAGUAGAGCCAGUGAGUAGCUGGGCUUGUGAAACACAACUAGAGGUUUGGCUGUUCUUCUCUACCUGUCCUUCAAGGUGAGAGACUUCUCUUGAAUCUUGCAUUGGUUUGGAGGGAAAAAGGCAUGAAGGAUGAAAUAGCUGCUACCGUCUUCUUCAUCACGCGCUUGGUGAAAAGGCACACCCAGUUGAGUAAACAGCAAAUGGAGAAGUUUGCGUCCAAGUUGAUGACUACUUUGUUUGAGAAGUACAAGGGCCACUGGUACCCUGACAAUCCCUCAAGAGGGCAAGCCUUUAGGUGUAUAAGGAUAAACCAGUUCCAGGCAAGAGACCCUCUACUGGACCAGGCAUGUUUGGAGAGCAAUGUGGACUUUGACAGCCUUGGCUUACCAAAGGAGAUUACCAUUUGGGUCGAUCCAUUUGAAGUAAGCUGCAGAUAUGGUGAGAACAACCCCCCUUUCACAGUGGCUCACUUUGAAGGCAGCACAGAGCACCAUGACAUCCCUCAACGCAUCAGGCAGGCUGUGGACAAGGCGGAGACGCUGGAUUGCCCCUCCAGCACCUUCUCUGAUGAGGAGAGCUCUGCUGGAGAGCCCAAAAGCAUCCCCACCGUCAGCAACCCGAACAGUGUCUACCAGUGCAAUGAGCCUUUCCAGCUAUGGUCCCAGAAUCCCUGCAGAAAGCCUCGUGUACCUGAUGGAUUCCAGCAGCACUCUGCCAGCACUUACUACCUUCAGUGCAAGGGCUAUAAAGCCUGUCGGCCGUUAUCCACUUUCACCGGACCAAGAGUAGACAGAUAUCACUGGGUCAACGCCAAUCGAUAAUGCUGGGCAGGGUGUUUUUUUUUUAAAAGCCCUCUUUCAAAAGCAUUUAAUACAACUCUUGUCUCUGCCUGUCCCCAGCUCUCUCUCUCUCUUUUUUAACAUUUCUCUUGUGUUUGUAAAACAUUUUAAAUUGAUACACUUGAAGGCUAAAUGUUACUUUUAAUUAAAUGAUUUUAAUGUAUUUUUAUGGCAAGACUGGAAACUGAACUGCAGAAUUACAUUUUUGUGGAAAACGUAAAAAGGAAAUCUGAUUACUAAUAAAAUGUGCUUUUUUAAAAAAAA